AUGCCCAAACGAAGCUCAGUAUCCCCCGAAAGAAACCGCAAUAAGCGUCGCAAAUCUUUGAGCAAUGAUGAGUCUUGCACAGUCUUUGUCGGCAAUCUGAGGUUUGAAACGAAGUGGCAAGCCUUGAAGGAUCACAUGAGACGGGCUGGGAAUGUUGAUUCCGCUUCUAUUCUAGAAGACCGCCAGACGCGCAAGAGCAAAGGCUGUGGGAUUGUCACCUACCAAGAUCCUCGGGAUGCCACUCGCGCCAUUCGCGAAUUGAACGAAAGCAUGCUCGAUGGCCGCAAGCUUUUUGUACAACCCGACAAGCAACCACCAGGCGAACGCACCAACAACUAUUCCAGUGGCGGUGGAGUGGACGAUUGUGCUGUCUAUGUAGGCAAUUUGGAUUGGGAUUGUACUUGGCAAAACCUAAAAGACAAGUUCAAACCAUCCGGUUACAUUGACAAGGCAGACAUUAUGAUGGCACCCAAUGGAAAAUCCAAGGGAUACGGCAAGCUAGUCUUUUCGCAUCCUAGGGAUGCCCAAAAUGCUAUUCGUCGAUUUGAUGGUGCCAAGUUUCAAGGCCGUGAUUUGAUUGUCAAGGCAUGGGGCAGUGGUGGGCAUGAUCGUGACGAUGAUCGUGCUGGGGGUGGCGGCAGAGGUGCUGGCGGCGGUGGUUCUCAUACCCUCUAUGUGGGCAAUUUGGACUUUGAUUGCCGUCCCCGCGAUUUGCGCAAUCUCUUUUCUCGCUUCGGACGCUUGAUCAAUGUGGAAAUUGCCGAAGCCCCCAAUGGCAAAAGCAAGGGAUUUGGCCUGGUCGAUUUUGGAAACCAAAAGGAUGCUCAAAAGGCAUUGAACCAAAUGGAUUCUCACAACUUUCAAGGCCGUCCGCUCAAGGUCAAGUGGGAUCGGGAUAGCAAACCAUCAGCAACAUCGUCGUCAUCGGCACGCCCCAUGAAUGACGAUGAUGGAUUGCCCAAUACGACAGUAUUUGUCGGCAACUUGGACUUUGAAUGUCGUUGGCAAGAUCUGAAAGACGUCUUCAAAAAGGUUGGACAAGUGGAGCACGUGGAAAUUGCGGAACACGAAGGCAAAAGCAAGGGAUGGGGUACGGUUCAAUUCUUAACCAGCGCUCAAGCCCAACGUGCCAUUGAUCAGUUGGAUGGCACCGAACUUCAAUCGCGAAAGAUGCAAGUCAAGUGGGAUCGCAAAAAGGGAGCCCCACCUGGUUCUGAUAAUGAAAAAGCAGAGAGAAAGAAUAAGGGUGAUGCCAAGAAGGAACGACCACCCAAAAAGCAGAAGCCAGAGCCACCAGCACCGUCUUUGGAUGGAGCGCUAUCUUCAUCUAGAUAG